AUGGCCAAUCUGCCCGGUGGUACACAUGUUCUCUCCGGCGCCGAGGCACAAAGGCUGCGCACCUUCUGCACCUCCGAAGUCUGGACUGAAGCAGACCUAGACGACUACUCCCACAUCGUGCGUGGACCCACAUCAAGCGUGCGCGCCGAUUUCGAAGAGAGAUCCAGCGUCGAUGGCAUUGAGAAGACACGCCAAUCACUUGCCGACAUCCACUACGGCCCCACCAAAGUCCCCCUCUUCAACUUCCUGCUCCAGCUCACUCACCUCGACCCGUACAACCGGCUGCGUUACCUUGAGACAACACGCUAUCUCGCGCUCGAGGCAAAAGUACCCGUCGAUUCUACGGAUCUGAGCGGUACCACAACCUUCAUGUAUGCCAUUUCCACUAAGCCGUAUUGGGAUCGUGAGUUUGCGGAUAUUAUGGUAGAGGCUGGUGUAGCUAUUAACCAUCGGAAUCGCUAUGGCUGUGUUGCUGGGCAUGAUAUUAUCAUGGCAAGUGAUUAUAGUGCGAAGGGGAAGAAGAAGACGGUGGAUGCGCUAAGGUACUUUAUAGAGAAGGGCGGGGAUGUUAAUGUUGCUGAAGGGAAUGGAAUUACGAUCCACCGGAUGGGUACAUCUGUCCAGAGAUUGAUUCCUGAAAUUGGGUUGCUGUUGAAUGGCGGCGGAGGUGCUGGUAUUUCUGGUAGCACAUCAGGUGGGUUGGGUGGGAAGAAGAUUGGGAGGAAUGACCCCUGCCAUUGUGGUAGUAAAAAGAAGUUCAAGACUUGCUGCGGUAAAAAUUAG